AUGUCUGACCAGGAAGAACAUCCUAAGCCUGUUAGGCGUGUUGUCUGCAGUCGCUGUGCCCAGAUCAAGCAAGCUUGCGACGGAGGAAGGCCUUGCUCACGGUGUCGGCGGCUGGACGUGAUAUGCGAGCCCAACCUGAACCGCUCCAGAGGCACCCCAGAGGUCAGCCGUCCCUCAGCCCCGAUCAGAAUCACCAGGGCCCAUACUGGCUGUGCGACGUGCAAGAAAAGAAAACGAAAAUGUGACGAAGCCCGGCCUAGAUGCUCUGAUUGCAGAAGGCUGUGUCUCGAUUGCCACUAUCCCAGCUCGUCUGCUCGAGCUCAUCGAACCUCGGUUUCUCCCCAAGUGGCUCCAAGUCGGGUUUCCUCCUCCGUGGAACCGACGGUCGAGCUACCAGGCAUCGACCAAGCCGAUUUCGCCAUCGGGCUGAAGGGGUCGGAUGAGAUGUCUCCCUCGAGCAGUUUGGGCGAGCCUUCCGGAACCGGGCUGGCAGCACCCUCGCCGUCUCAGAUCGCGACAUAUGCGUCAGAUGUGGAGAGCAUCCCGUCUCCGGGAUCGAACCUGUCGAACCUGUCUUUGGCAAUGCUUUCGACCGCACCGAUGGUUGACGCCGAUGAAGACCGGUCCUUGCUCAACCAUUACAUGAGAGUGGUGGCGGGGGUUCUCUCGCGCCGCGAUGACCGUCGCUCGAACCCCUACCUUUCCAAAGUGCUUCCAAUGGCACUCGCCGAUCAAUUGGUGAUGGAUGCCGUGUUGGCAUUGUCGGCGAGUCACUGGAAGAAGACACAACCUGCUGUCUGGAAACGAGGUACCAUCCAUCAGACCAACGCAUUGCAAUCCCUCGCAAAGCUUCUCCCCCACAUCGAGAACGAUUCUGCCGAUACCGCUCUGGCGGCGACUCUUUUGCUUGCCAUGAUCGAGCUUUUCGACGGAACGUCGUCGUACUGGAAAGUCCACCUAGAUGGGGCCCGUCGGCUGCUAUCGGCGUUUGAACGAAAAUCCGAGUGGACGCAACGGACAGAGUACCGGACGUUCUAUCGUCAGCUAUAUCACUACCUGGACUCGGCAACCACGAUAUCGACCUGCCAUCCUCCGUUGCUACAGGCGUCCUCCGAGGAUGAACGUUCCGCCUCCCCCGGCUACAGUAUGGACGAUGAGGAGUGUUUAUACGGGAUUCCCAAAUCCCUCUUUCAUUUUGUCGACCAGCUGAACGGCCUUGCAUACCAACGAAAAUUCCGGAAGGAUCCCGUCUUCGAAAGCAUGUUUCGUACGUCCGCGGCAAGCCUCCACAAAGAUCUGGAUCAAUGGGCCGAAGAUCACAAGCUUCGAGAGCCGCUAAACGGGUCGCACGACGCCUCCCAAGAGAUGGCUGCUUGUCAUGUCACUGCCGCCUUUGAACAGGCACUCCAGCUCCGACUACAUCAGAUUGUGAAUGGGUAUUCCUUGCGUCACAAAAAGGUCAAACAGUGUGUCAGCAACAUCCUGGACGCCGUACAGGAAUUACGCUACGGGAGCCCUUGGGAGAACAGCUUGAUCUUCCCACUGGUCAUGGCCGGCAGCAGCUGUGACACCGACCAUGAAAGGUUGAUCAUUGACGAUCGGUUCCUUGUGAUGGAGAGGACGCUUGGAUUUCGGUACAUCUACACCGCCCACGACCUAGUGCGGCGAGUCUGGAAAGAGCGGCAAAUUUAUCAGGGCACCGACCGAGAUGUCAAUUGGGCGGCGAUACGAUACUUUCAGAUCCCAGGUCUCGCGCUUGUUUAG